UCUCCCGCGGGGAAGUGCAGUGCGUUCCGCUCCGUAGAGUUGAAGGCGAACAGAGAGCGAUACAUCACCGCACUGACGCGUCUGCCUCGCGUUAGUCGCGCUGUCUGAGGACAGUUAAAAACCGGAUGUUGAUACCGGAAGUGUGUGCGGGUGAAAUGUGUCGUGUGAGCAGCAGCAGCAGCAGUAGCAGUGCGUGAGUUCCGCGUGUUCUGCACUGAUGAUGGCCGUCACGAGGUUACUGUCACCGGCGUCCGUUCACGGUCUGCGCCUCGGAGCGAGAACUCUUCCACAUCUCAUCCGAAGUGUUCAGGUUCGGAGUCACAGACUCGGUCCAGCAGAUGAUGAGAUCUAUCAGAAGACUUCAGUGUCAGUGCUACAGAAGGAGGCGUCAGGAGGAACCAUCAUCUACAGUUACAGUCCACGAGGAUUCAACAUCGAUGGGAAUAAAGUGUUCGGACCCUGUGCUGUUAUACCGCCCGCUAUACUGCAGUGGAAUGUGGGCUGUCACACAGAUAUAACUGUGGAGAGUUUGUCUCUGUUUUAUCUGCUGGAGCCGCGGAUUGAGGUUCUGGUGUUGGGAACCGGAUCUCGUACUGAACGUCUGGAUCCAAACGUUCUCGCAUUCCUCAAGAAGAAAGGAAUUGCUGUAGAAAUCCAAGACACGCCGAACGCAUGUGCGACAUUCAACUUCCUGUCGAGUGAGAGGCGAAUAACAGCGGCCGGUUUGAUUCCUCCUACAGCGUUGACAGUCAUGGAAUAACAGUAUCAUAUUACAUAUAUGUUAUAUAAUAUUUUAAUAGAAUAACAGCAUCACAUGACCAGACAAACAGCAAUGUGAUUAAAUCUGUGUGAGAAUCAUUAUAGAACUAAAAACAUGAAUAACCUGUUUUAUUAUUAGUCCAUGUCAUUAUAAAUUAGAUUUGUGUGCGAUGAUGAUGAUUGUGUGUAUGGAUGCAGAGAUUAAAGCUGUGUACACAGAUGUGUGUGUCCUACAUUGA